GCAGUGUUGUCGCAACUAACGUCGCGUGCGCACGCUACUGGUUUUUUUACAUUUAUCGGAUAGUCUCGGUAUUUUUGACAGUAGUGAUACGUUUUUAAGGUCUACUAACUCUACUAUGCACCACACAUAACCAAACAUGACAGAAAAGACAGUAGUCCGUUUCGAAGAAGCGGAACGUAAGAAGACCACCAUCCUCGCUUCAAUAGGAGUUGCUGGUAUGCUGCUAGGAUGGGUGGUCAGAGGAUCAAGCCUCCUGAUGACGUCUGUGGCCCUGGUAUCCGCGUAUCUGAUGACUGGGAAUAGAUAUCAGUGGGUGUACAUUUGGAAGAAGACGUUCUAUAGGGACAUGUUAGGUCUCCGAGUGCUCCUGGUCACCAUGUUCAAGAUCUGGAUGUGGGAGAAGAGAGGCAUGACGGUGGUGAAGCGAUGGGCAGAGGUGGCUCGACAGGACCCUGAUAAGAAGGCAUUCGUCAUGGGUGACCGUCAUCUGACAUUCCGGCAGGGAGAGGAAUUCAGCAACCGCAUCGCCUGGUACUUCAAGCGCCAGGGCUUCAAGAGCGGCGAGGUGAUCGCGCUCUUCAUGGAAACCCAGCCAGAAUACGUUUUCAUCUGGCUAGGUCUAGCCAAGCUCCGUGUGACCACGGCCCUCGUUAAUACAAACCUUAGAGGCGCUCAGUUGACGCAUUGUUUGAAGAUCGCCGGAUGUAAGGCGUUGGUGUUUGGAAAUGAGUUGGCGGAUGCCGUCAAAGAAAUCCGGAGCGAGAUCCACGACAUACCUCUUUUCCAGUUCAACUCUCCUGACCGUCCAGCAUUGGAGAAAUCAGCUACAAUUUUACAAGAUGCUGCUCCUCUCGCGUCAGAGCUGACUGAGAUGAGUGCAGCACCUUUUACAGAGGCGGGCACUGCCAGUCCGCGAGACACGCUUAUGUAUAUUUAUACUAGUGGGACCACUGGGUUUCCUAAGGCUGCAGUCAUUACUAAUAUCAGGUAUCUCCUAAUCCCACUAGGAGUCCACACAUCAGCACGGCUAUCAUCAUCCGACAUCAUAUACGAUCCUCUUCCACUGCACCACACGGCGGGUGGAGUUCUUGGUGCAGGGCAGGCGCUGGUGCUGGGCAGCACAGUGGUGCUAAGGAAGAAGUUCUCAGCUUCGAACUAUUGGAAAGAUGUCGCGAAACACGGGUGCACUGCAGCUCAAUACAUUGGUGAGAUAUGCCGCUAUCUACUGGCAGUUCCACCCUCACCCAGCGACCGGGCGCAUCGAGUGCGCGUGAUCAUGGGGAACGGACUAAGGCCGCAGAUCUGGCAGGAGUUCGUCGAGCGCUUUGGCGUCGAGAGGGUGAUGGAGUUCUACGGGGCGACGGAGGGGAAUAGCAAUUUGAUUAACUUGGAUUCAAAAGUAGGAGCCAUUGGUUUUUUGAGCCGGCUUGUAUCAUCAAUUUACCCUCUAACUCUAGUCAAAUGCGACGAAAUUACCGGUGCAAUACUAAGGGACGGUGACGGCAGAUGUAUAAGCUGUGGACCCCAUGAACCUGGUCUAUUACUUGGCAAGAUAGAUCCAAAAAAAGCCAUCCUGACGUUCGCGGGCUAUGCUGACAAGACUGCUUCGGACAAGAAGAUGGUCUGCAAUGUGAAGAAGGAAGGAGACUGCUAUUUCAACACAGGAGAUAUUCUCGUUAUGGACCAUUUCGGGUACUUUUACUUUAAAGAUCGGACUGGAGAUACAUUCAGGUGGCGAGGCGAAAACGUGUCGACGGCAGAAGUGGAAGGAGUCAUAAGCACGCUCGUUGGACUCAAGGAUGCCAUAGUUUAUGGAGUUUCUAUCCCAAACGUAGAAGGCAAAGCAGGCAUGGCGGCCAUCGCAGACCCGGAGAGGAAACUCGACAUCCCCUACCUCACCAAAGGUCUACGGUCCUCUCUACCUGCCUACGCUAGACCUCUCUUCCUCAGGGUCCUGCCCGAGCCUCCUCUCACUUCUACCUUCAAGCUGCGUAAGAAAGAUUUAAUAGAACAAGCAUACACAUUGGACCUUCAUGAAGACCCCAUGUAUUUCCUAGACCAGAAGACUGGAGAAUACGUUCCGUUAACGAGGAAGCUGUAUGAUGACAUAGUUAAAGGUGUCGUAAGACUGUGAUUCUUGCCAUGUUGGGGGUUCUUGUUGAACUCUUACUCCUAUUUAGUUUUAAAAUUGUUUUAAUAAGUAUAAGAAUAAAGGACGACUC